AGACUCUGGAACAUCGCAUCAAGCACAUGGAGAAGAUCAGAGAAGCAGUGAAGAAGAAACUAUCAAGGCCGAAAGGAGGAAGAUCCGGCAUGGGACAUCACUUGGGGAACAUCAAUCAAAACCAACAUCUUCAUUUUGAUAAAACAAGUCAGUACCAAGGCCACCUUAAGAAGGCUGACUCCUCCCUUGCCAGGGCAGACCUGGACUCUGCAGAGCAGCAUUUUGCAGCUGCACUCAAGGCAGUACAUGAGAGAGAUCCCACAGCCCAGCAGUACCAGAGAGAGGUGGAGCCCCUGUGCAAGUUGGGGGAUGUCUACAGUAAGCGAGGUCAGCAGACAGGAGACGGGGGAGACUUUGUCAAGGCAGCAGCACUCUACAAUGCAGCCAUAGCCAGGUCAAAUAAUGAAGUCCUUAAUGGUAACAUAGUGACAGCUAUUGUAGAUGUAGAGAAGUCCUUUCUGAAAUGUAUCUUAGACAUCAGUCAUAAUGUAAGCCUUCUAAAUAAAGAAAACCACAAGAAACAGCUGAAGAAGAUGCGAGACCAGAUCAAGCUGGAGAUGGAAACCAUUGACCAUCAGCUGGAUCCCUAUGUACAUGAUGAGGAUGAUCCACGUGUCAGAGUGAUAGAGGCAAAACGAGCUCAGGCUGUCAGAAAGUUGUUUGAGAAGAUUUCCCAGCAAAGGAAAGAGUUCAUCAGCCUGCUUGUAGAAGAGUGUAUUGGGUUAAUGGGUCCCCCUCCCUGUAAGUAUGCCCUGAUAGGUUUGGGUUCACAGGCCACAGGACUGGUAACUCCAUACUCAGACCUGGAGUUUGCCAUCUUGAUAGAUGAAGAAAGUGAACAAUAUAAGUUGUAUUUCCGUAACCUCACCCACUUUCUGCACCUCAAAGUGGUCAACUUGGGAGAAACCAUUCUCCCAGCACUGGGAAUAAAAUCUUUCAAUGACUUCUACUCCAAGAACCCACUUGACAGCUGGUACUAUGACUCUGUUACACCUCGUGGAUUUGCAUUUGAUGGCUCUAUGCCAAAAGCAAGCAAGACUCCACUGGGCCAGCAGGGAACAAAGACCAAGCCACCCAGAGAACUCAUCUGCACCCCAAACAACAUGGUUUCAAUUUUGCAAAAUGAUGUCACACUAUACCUGAAGGAAGGAUAUCACCUUGCCACUAUCUUGAGAAACCCAUGCCUGAUAGCAGGGGACCAGGAUUUGAUUGACAUGUACAUGGGCAUCACAGUGGAGAUACUACAAGCUAAUGGGGGUAAAAUGGCUCAACAACUGGCACAGGAGACACUUAGAGAAAAUAUCAAAAGCUAUGAUAGAAAUGAAACAGUUACAGCAAAAUUGAUUGAUGUAAAGAAAAAAAUAUAUCGCUUCCCAGCUGUAGCAGUAGACUGCUUGGCACUAUCUUCAGGCAUCAUACCUACCACAGUUUGGGAGACAAUAGAGGAAAUGGAAAACCAGCAAGUGAUCAGUCCCAACAAUGCACACCACCUGACAGUGCUUACCAGCAUCUCAGCAGAACUCAGGCUCAGAACCUACAUUGCAAAUGGUGGACAGAAGGAAAACCUGUCAGCUUUGACAUCAAUGGAAACAACACAGCAUAUUAGGCAGGAAUCAUCCAAACAGACCAAUGAUGAAGAGCAAACAAUUGCAUUGAAAGCAGCUUUUCAUGUACCAAAUCAAAAGCAGCUUUUUAGAUACUACCACACAGCAGUUCCACUUAAAAAUGUUUUGUCUAAAUUCAUUGGAGAUAAACCAACCCUUGGUCAGUUGUCUGACUUCUAUGAUGCUUCUUCCAGAGUGCAAGGAGAUAUGUACCAUGAGCUAUGCAAAUAUAGGCUGGCUAUCAGCUACUUUGAAGAGGCUAUUCAUGCUGUAAAAAACGAUCCUGAGAAAAUGCAGCUGCUUCGCAAACUUGGAGUUGCUUGGGACAAAAGUGGUGAUUACCAAAAAGCAAUCAGCUACCAUGAGCAGGCACUACAGAUGUACAGGAGUAUCUUUGGUCAGGCUACAGCACAUUCUGAAAUUGCUGUCAUUCUCAACAACCUGGGGUCAGCCUUGAUAGGUCUAGGCAAACACCAUGAAGCACUCAGCUACCUAGAACAAGCACUACAAAUGUCCAGGAGUAUCUAUAAUCAGAGUACUGAUCAUCCUAACAUUGACGACGUACUAAACAAUAUAGGACAUGUGUGGUUUUGCCUAGGGGAUUAUAGAAGAUCAAUAAGGUACCACGAACUGAUACUACAGAAUCUGAUGAAAAGAAGCAUUCAUGGUCAGACUUCUCACACAAGUAUUGCCAUCUUACUCAACAACUUGGGGACAGCCUGGCAAAGAAUAGGUGAAAACAGUAAAGCAAUCAACUACUUUGAACGGGCACUGCAGAUGUACUGGAGUAUCUAUGGUCGGAGUACAGCACAUCCUUAUAUUGCUGCAUCAAUCAAUAACCUUGGAAAAACCUUGGUUGAUGUAGGCGAUCACAAAAAAGCCAUCAGCUACUAUGAACAAGCACUACAGAUAUACAGAACAAUCUACAUGUGUGGUGAGAGUGCAGGGCAUCCAUCAAUUGUCAUUUCAUUAACCAACAUAGGAUCAGCUUGGGACAGAUUGGGUGAGUACAAAAAAGCAAUCAGCUACCAUGAGCAGGCACUGCAGAUGUCCAGGAGUAUCUAUGGUCAGGGUACAGAACAUUCCAACAUUGCCAGGUCACUUAACAACAUUGGCACAGCAUGGCAUGGUUUGGGUGAUUACAUAAAAGCAAUCAGCUACCAUGAAGAGGCACUGAAGAUGUAUAGGGGUAUCCAUGGUCAGAAUACCGUACAUCCUGAUAUUGCCAUGUCACUCAACAACUUGGGGUUUGCACGGAACUUACAUGACUUCAAGAAAUCAGGGAAUAAUCUGUCUUUUAGAAAACUUAAUGGCAUCACCGACAUAGAACAGGCACUGCAGAUGUAUAAGAGUAUCUAUGGUCAGAAUAUGGCACACCCUGACAUUGCCACCUCACUCAAUAACCUGGGGAUAGCCUGGCAAAAUUCAAGGGAUCACGCAAAAGCAGUUCAUUUCUAUGAACAGGCUCUACAGAUGAAGAGGAGAAUUUUUGGACAGUUUACACCACAUGCCGAUACUGCAGUGUCACUCCACAAUUUAGGAAAUGCUUUGUGUGACCUGGGUGAUCACAGAAAAGGAAUCACCUACUGUGAACAGGCACUUCAGAUGCGCAGGAGUAUCUAUGGUGAAAACGCAGCACAUCUUGAAAUUGCAACUUCACUAAAAGUUCUUGGUGGGAAUUAUGCAGAUUUUGGAGAUCACAGAAAAGCAAUCAGCUACCUUGAACAUUCAGUACAAAUGAGGCGGAAAAUCUAUGGUGAGAACACAGCACAUCCUGACAUUGCAACUUCACUUAACAAUUUAGCUCAUGCAUUUCAAUGUGUGGGAAAUCAUCAAAAAGCAAACAGCUUCUAUGAGCAGGCACUGCAAAUGUUCAAAAGAAUCUAUGGUCAGAGUACAGCACAUGCUGACAUUGCCAGCACACUAACCAACAUGGCUUCAACCUGGAAUUUGCUUGGUUAUCACAGCAAAGCCAUCAGAGUCUGUCAAGAAGCCUUGGCUAUGGCAAGACAGGUUUACCCUCAAGACAAAAGUCACCCACUGAUAAAAGUAAUUGAAAGAAACAUUGCAGUGAUAGAAAAAAAAAAUCAGCAGAUGUACAAGUAAAUGUACUGACAAAAAUCUUCAAGAAUCAAACAAUUUAGCACACGCAAGAUAGCACAACGUACAAGAUUCUAUCUGAAACAUCUUUAAAUCUCCCAUUGAUUGAUGAUCAUUGUUGCAGACUACUAGUUAAGUAAACAUCUUACAGAGUGCUUGCAAAUUAGCAUUUUUGAUAUGCUUUAGUUAGUAGAAAGUACCACAUACACUCAAUCUGGUAUCAAACUUGUACAAUUUUGUAAAAAUCAGGGAUACACUACAAUGUACAAUUGUGAUGGCCAAACCAAUGUUUGUUGAAAUACACACUGUCAGCUUGCACCAACUUUAAGUGCUGUCAUGUGGUGAUUUUUGACUGUCACAUUCAAAAUCAAAGUUAAAUUAGACAAGAGUUAGACAGUGUACAUGUAUUUACUGAAAUUAUUGGUCUGACAUCAUGAC